AUGCUGCUGGCCCACCUGAUCCGCACAAGGCAGUCAGGCCAGUCUCGUGCUGAUGCCCAACUGGACCCAAGCUGCUUUGGACUGCCUGUCUAUCUGGCCUAUGCCCUUUACCCGCCACUCUACAUUGCUGGGCCGAUUUCCUCCUUCAACAAUUUUGCUCACCAGAUUUACCACCCAGAUAGCCCUUCCUUGACAAAGGUCUGUCACUAUGGGUUGAGGCUGCUUGGAUGCCUGCUGGCCUUGGAGGUCCUCACUCACACUAUUUAUGCAAAUGCCAUUGCAAAGUACAGGCUAUGGCACCAACUCCAGCUCUGGGGCGCUGCACGCUUCAGCCCCUUGGACCUUAGCACCAUCGGAUUUUGGGUCUUGAUGUUCAUGUGGCUGAAGUUCCUGGUGAUCUGGCGUUUCUUUCGCCUGUGGUCCCUGGCAGACGGCAUCGACGCACCAGAGAACAUGACGCGGUGCCUGUGCAACAACUACGACAUUGAGGGAUUCUGGAAGAACUGGCACGCUUCGUACAACUUGUGGCUGGUUCGAUACAUUUACAUACCAUUGGGCGGUGCACGAUGGCGGGCGUUGAACGUGUGGGCCAUAUUUACAUUCGUGGGGCUUUGGCACGAUCUCGAGUGGAAAUUGGUGUCCUGGGCAUGGAUAAUGUGCCUGUUCAUCGGUGCAGAGAUGGCUGCCAAAUUGCUGUCCAAACACAGGGCCAUGGCUCCCCUGAAGCGCAACGGGUGGUUCCGGCAUCUGGCUGCGGUGGUGGCCUGCUCCAAUGUGCUUGCAUUGAUGACGGCAAACAUGGUGGGAUUCGUCCUGGGUGUGGAUGGCAUAUCGGACUACCUGCAUGGCAUCUUUUCUGACGUCAAGUCCGUCUGCAUCAUUUUUGCCGCCAUCUUCUCGACAGUUCAAGUCAUGUUCGAAAUGAGGGAGUAUGAGCUGCACGAGCAGCGUAGAGUUUGCCCCGUAGCAUAG